CGACUAGGUCUUUAGGGGAAGCUAUGCUGUAUUUUGGUAUCUUACUUUAGUCAUUGUUAUCGGCAAUUCGUUUCCGUUUGUUUCUCGCUGUGAUGUGUUGUUGAUGUUGUUUAUUUGGUUGGGUAUUGAGGCUCGUAUCAUUCAGAUGUGAGUAUUAAACGCAUGUAAGAACAUGAAUCCAUCUGGCCGGAGAAUUGUUGUCCUUGCUUUCGCUGUGAUGUUCUCUGGAAUGUCUUUGAUCUGGUACAUGUACUUCAAGCAGACAUCCACCCUGGACACUCGAUCCGUUUCAGGUAACACGUUAUAUCCACCAGCAAGAUUCAAGGAGCCGACAGUUUCAGAAGUGACCACAGACAAGGGGCCAGCUUUGCCCGAUUUUCGCCUGGAGAAUACAUGUACACGGGACAAUCUCACGAGAAUGGGAAAACCGGGAUUUUUCGAGGGUAUCCCGGAGCAGUUUCUCCCGGGAUAUAAAGGCCCGUGUUUUAUGAUCGGAGAGAACGGCAAAGAAGUGCUGCGGUGUUUGCCUCAUUUCUACAUUAUCGGAGUUGCGAAGUGUGGAACCACUGAACUAUGGGAAAAACUGGAAAUGCAUCCUCAACUCUCCGUAUCUGGCAUCGAAAAAGAAGCCGAUUGGUGGUCCCCCACCAGGAAACGAUCAACGCCUUUCUCAACGUACCUGGAUUUGAGGUCAGCGAAAAUGGUUGAAAAGUUCCAGCGGAACCAUUCUAUGAUAGAAUGGCUGGUGACAGGUACGUGGAAUCAAUAAUUCGCGCCAUUUUUUAUACAGACAGCAGGGCACCGUCUUACAAAGAUUGAUUCAAUCAAUUGAUUGAUUCAACGAUUGAUUCAAUCAAUCACAACUGUAUAUGGAAAUCCAUCCAUGUCAUAAUUUGUUCUACAGGAAAUUUGCACACUCUACCUAGUACAAAAAGAGAAUCACACUGAAUCUUCAAGAGAAUGAUGAAUGUAUGAAUGUACAUCAUAUCUAAAAAAUAUUUAGAACAAAUUUGCAUUUUAGAUGUUGACGUUGCUGGCUUUCCAGAGUUGUGGUUGCUAGGAUCAAUUACAAUUCUUUGUAAGACGGGGCCAGAUAUCGCACCUGUAAAUAUUCCCCAUCGACACGUGUGUCAAUUGGCAAAAAACAAAAAUAUCAUAUAAAUAUAAAAUAUAUUUAUCAAAGGAUAUAUUGACCGGCCAUUUUCGGAAAUGACUUGACGAGAUAAAUGAAUGGCGUGGCGAUAUCUCAUUCACCUUCUGAAAUGCCCCAAUUCUUUCGCCAUUAAAUUAGUAAAGCAGGGCCCCUUGGUAGAGCAGUUUUGUAACUGAAAGGGCUACCCUGCUAAAAUAAAACGGAAAUAAAUAAAUAAAGCUACACUUUCCCCCCAUUUGGGUAAAGGAAGUUCAGUGAUUGCCCUCCCCAGAACCAGCGUGAGGUGACCCUUUUUUCAAUCAUCUCUAAAAAAUUACAAAUCUUGGGAAAGGGUUAGGCCGGAUGAAUACCCUUUUUGCCUUCUUGUUGACGAAAACAAUUAUGUAUGAACUUUGCUGUAUCCCUUGCCAACAGUCCACUCUGUAACCAUUGGCUACCUCUCAACAACGAUGUUGAUUACUCAUUGAGAAGAAGACCUAAAUAUCGUCAGUUUCAUUGUAAAACCAAACGUUUUCUAAACAGUCCAUUACCUUACUUUAAAAAUUUACUAAACGGUAAUUUGAAAUAAGCUUGUAUUGUUCCUUAGUCAGGAUCUGAAUGUUGGUUGCUGGGCGUUGGGGAGACCCACGGUCACCGGUCCCACGUGGUACGUUCACAGGAGCCUCGCCCUCCUACUUUUCGCUCUCGUGACAGAGAGCGAGGGGUGGGAGGAUUGGGCGGGUUUGGUGCACGCGCCGUAUGGGACGGGUGGCCGUGGGGUUCCGCCGAAGAACGGCUGCCGGCGUUCAGAUCUUGACUAGUUCUGUUAAUAGCUCUAUGGUUAUUUAGUUACCCGGUUGAUAUACACACAAACCUCUGCUGUGCAAGUCGUGUUAUGCUAAUACAUCGCGCCUGAUAGCAAUUUGUUAUUGUUAUUAUUAGUUCAUAAGCUUGUGAUGAAAAUUUUACAAUUUUACCAUUUUUAGAACUUUUUAAACUCAAACAUAAUUGAAUAGGUUUACAGGUGUUUUUGCCUAUGCUUUUAAUGCAUGUAUUUCACAUUGUGCCAACUAAAAGGAAACGAUGUUUGGAUUUUUAUACCAAUACUUCACUCAUUUUUAUCAAUAUUUCUGUAUGUGGUGGAAGACAUUUAUAUCAUUUUACAAAACUACGUCAUCCUUUAUAUUUUAAGUAAAUGUUUUCAGAUUUGAGCAGGACGGAUUCUUGGGACGAGCGAUCACUCACCCCCGCAUACUUUUUUUGUUAUCCGUAUGUUUAAUGAGUGCAAGGUGCCAGGGGUGACUGCUGGGUGGGUGAGUUCAGUUGUUUGACUUAGUGUCUUUAUGGUUGUUGGAUGAAUGAUGAGCGUGGUAUGAACGUGAGUGUGUUUUGUUUUGAAAGUGAUUGUUUGUCGGCCCUAUUAAUGCAUAGCUCCAGUGGAGUUAGCUGACCCUGCGAAGUUCCACCUGAGCGAUGGAUUUGAAUAACCAAUUCCGUUGCUCAGGUUGAAUGGUGUUGUGGGAUUAGCAAUCCUUGGCUGGAGCUGUGCAUUGGACUUGACUGCUCGCUCGUCCCCAGACACCCUCCUGUCUUUCGUUUUUGUUCCUGCUUAAAACUAAGUUUCUUAUUGUUUGAAUUCCCGGCAGAGACAUUUUUUCGGCGUCACCGCUUUUUCCAAAGGGCAGAUAGCUCUGGGGAAUCUUGAUUUAAGCUACGCCUACCAUUGUUCUCUUCAUCCAUUUCUUUCACACAAUAUUUAAAUAAAAGAGUUGCCAAAGCUGUUGUACAUGUAUAACUUCACACAUUUAUAUAUACAGUGCGUCCCACAAAAAACGAAACCGAGAUUUAUCGAUGAUUUAUCAUAACUUAAUCACAAAUACAAUAGACAAAUGACCUACCAUUUUAAAGCUUAGAAUCUCCUCUUUCAUCUGGAAUUACUUAGAUAAUUCCUCACGCAUGAGUGAGCAAAAACAAUUUGAAGAAAGGAUACCAAAAACUCAUUUGGCGGGCCGUAUCUGGGUUUUAAAAAGAAAACCACAUGACUAAAAAGUUCAAUAUCUGCUCUUUAAUUUGAUACCUCAAUUACAGAAAAUGGUCAAGAAAUAACAAAGUUCUGGUUAUUUGAAAUAAGGCUUGAAUUUCAAUGAUUUCAUAAAAUGAAGAGGUUUUACAGGCUAGCGUUCAAACUCUCUCGACAUUCCGUUUUGUUGACGAUCAGCCAUGCAUUAAAGUAUACACACAAAGAAAAUUCACGAAAGUGAUGAUUAUAGACAAAUUAUAUAUGAAUGGAAAGGUCUUGUCUUUUUAUACACAAAUAUGUCACUAAAAAGUCUUAUCGAUGUCGUGGAAAUGCAAGAAAUUAAAUUAUUAGAGACCAUUCUAAGCCCCCCAGCCGCCCCCCAGACCGACAGUUCACGCAGUGAAAACAGUCGAGAAUAAUGAC